AGUAAAUAGCUGUCAAACCGGAUUCAAUUGUAAAGUUUUUACUAUAGAUGGAACGCAUAAAGCGGACUGUUUUAUCAUUUCUUGCCAAGUGUGAAUAGCGGGUUAGUAGGACAUUGACAUCAUAUUUUGGCAUAGCAGUUUUUGUAUCCAAAGUACAGUGCUCUAUUACAAAGGCAAAAUGAAGUCUCUUUUUGCCAUGCUCGUCGUUUUCAUCGGAUGCUGUUCAAAUGUUUUUUUCCUAGAACUCCUUAUAAAAGAGGAUUCUGGUUCUGGGAAUCUCAUUACUUUUGCUCAAUUUGUCGUGAUUGCAGUGGAAGGAUUUAUAACCACAAUGAGAUUUGGGACAAAGAAAACCGAAGUUCCAUUCACAGAAUACCUCAAAAUGGUCUUAAUGUUUUUCGUUGUAUCAGUUACAAAUAAUUAUGCUCUAAGUUUCAAUAUAGCUUUACCACUGCACAUGAUAUUUCGUGCUGGUUCCCUUUUGGCAAAUAUGGUUUUAGGCAUUUUAAUAUUAAAAAAGCGCUACACUACCAUGAAAUAUUUGUCAGUUAUUAUGAUUAGCAUUGGAAUCUCGGUUUGCACCAUUGCCUCUGCAAAAGAACUGAACCAUAGUGAGUCUGAAAACCAGAUCACUUCUGUUGGGGACUUUGUUUGGUGGAUGAUAGGAAUAUUGUUGCUGACCUUUGCUCUCUUUAUGUCUGCUAGAAUGGGUAUUAUGCAAGAAGUUAUGUACAGCAAAUUUGGAAAGCAUCCGCGCGAAGCUCUUUUUUUUACGCAUGCCCUUCCUUUGCCAGGGUUUUUACUCUUAUUCGGAGAUAUUUCAAAACACAUCCAGAUUGCAAAUAUGAGCGCACCGCUUGAUUCCACUGUUAUCAGUGUAAUUCCGUUUUUGAAUACCUUGCCAAGGAUAUGGAUUUAUCUAUUAGGAAAUAUUUUUACUCAAUCCAUAUGCAUUAACGCUGUGUUUGUCCUUACAACGGAGUGUUCAUCCCUUGCUGUCACAUUAGUCGUUACCCUGAGAAAAUUUGUUUCGCUACUUUUCAGCAUUUGGUACUUUCAAAAUCCAUUCACUACACUCCAUUGGUUUGGUACUAUUUUGGUUUUCGGCGGCACGCUCGUGUUUUCUGACAUUCCUAGCCUAAUGCGUCAGAAAUCUAAAGUCAAUUAAGAUAGAAUCAUAGUGCACACAUGAUUUUCUCCCAUAUUUUCAACUGCCCUAUUGUGACCACCCAUGUGUGUAGCACAUAGAUUUAAGAACACAUAUGCAUCCAAUCAGGUAAUUCUAUUUGCUUGGAUUGGAUUCUAUUUUUGCAAAUUUCAUUAGUUUGGCAUAGGACAACCUUGCGUCUCAUGUGUCACCGUGUUUAACCUUUUGGUGGAUAUGACUAUUAGAUCCGAUUUAAAAGCUGACAAACUUUUCAAUAAAGUUAGCAAUCCAGGUUUCAAUUAUUUAGUAAAUAUACAUGUUGAGAUUUUUGUUAGUCUCUAACUGAAUUUUACCCACGAAAAAGUAAAUAUAGCAUAAUGCAAGUGUG